CGGACGGAGGUCACCGAGCGCCGGCGGCGCCGCGGCUCCGGCUCCGGCUCCGGCUCCAGCAUGUGGCGGCUGGUGGCGCGACGCGUGGCCCGCGGAGCGGCGGAGGCCCCCGGCCUGGCGCGGAGCUGCCGAGCGCUCGGUACCGCCGCGGGGCGGGUCGGGGCUGCGCCGCCCGAGCGCGGCCCGGCGUGGGGCGGCCCCGUGCGCCGGCCCCGCGGGCUCCUGCUGCCGCCGGGCUGGCCCCGGCUCGUCCCGCGCCGCUGCUGCAGCCUCCCGGCACACCAGAAGGUGGCUCUGCCAGCUCUGUCCCCCACGAUGCAGAUGGGCACCAUUGCACGCUGGGAAAAGAAGGAGGGUGACAAGAUCGGUGAAGGGGAGCUCAUAGCAGAGGUGGAGACAGACAAAGCAACAGUUGGCUUUGAGAGCUUGGAGGAGUGCUACUUGGCCAAGAUCCUGGUGCCAGAAGGAACAAGAGAUGUUCCUAUUGGGGCCAUAAUAUGUAUCACUGUAGAAAAGCCUGAACAUGUUGAUGCCUUUAAAAAUUAUACUCUGGAUUUGGCAGCUUCUGCCCCUCCUGCAGCCUCAGUGCCUCCCCCUCAAGCUGCAGCUCCCUCACCACCAACUCAGCCUUCUCCUAAGGCUCCUGGCAGCUCUUAUCCUCCUCACAUGCAGGUCACUCUCCCUGCCCUGUCACCUACCAUGACAAUGGGCACAGUGCAGAGAUGGGAGAAAAAGGUUGGGGAGAAACUGAGUGAAGGAGAUCUACUGGCAGAAAUUGAGACAGAUAAAGCUACAAUAGGCUUUGAAGUGCAGGAGGAAGGCUACUUGGCAAAAAUCUUGGUGCCUGAAGGAACAAGAGAUGUGCCAUUAGGAACAGCUCUCUGCAUCAUUGUGGAGAAAGAGUCUGAUAUUCCAGCCUUUGCUGACUACCAAGACACUGCAGUAACUGACAUGAAGGCACAAGCUCCUCCUCCUCCCCUAGUGGUGGCAACUCCUGCUGCUGCUCCUCCUCCUCCCCAGCCUGCUGUUCCUUCCGUACCAGCAGCCCCCACGGCUGGACCUCCUCCCCGGAAAGGAAGGAUCCUCGUUAGUCCCCUGGCAAAGAAAAUGGCAGCAGAAAAAGGAAUUGACCUUGCCCAAGUGAAAGGUACUGGACCAGAUGGUAGAAUCACAAAGAAAGAUGUGGAGUCAUUUGUGCCACCAAAGGUUGCUCCAGCUCCAGCACUAGACGCCGUUCCUGCAGCUGCUGCAGUUGCAGCAGCACCAGUGGGAACCUUCACAGAUAUCCCUGUCAGCAACAUCCGGAGGGUCAUUGCUCAGCGGCUGAUGCAGUCCAAACAAACGAUACCUCACUAUUACCUUUCUAUUGAUGUAAACAUGGGAGAAGUACUGGUGCUAAGGAAAGAGCUCAAUCAGGAGGUCUCGGAUAACGUUAAGCUUUCUGUCAACGACUUCAUAAUUAAAGCCUCUGCUCUGGCGUGUUUGAAGGUACCUGAAGCAAAUUCUUCAUGGAUGGACACAGUUAUUAGGCAAAAUCACGUAGUGGAUGUUAGCGUGGCAGUUAGUACUCCCGCAGGGCUUAUCACCCCUAUUGUGUUCAACGCACACAUAAAGGGCCUGGCCUCCAUUAGUAAGGAUGUGGUUUCUUUGGCAACUAAAGCCCGAGAAGGUAAACUUCAGCCUCACGAAUUUCAGGGUGGUACUUUCACAAUCUCCAAUUUGGGAAUGUAUGGAAUUAAGAAUUUCUCUGCCAUCAUCAAUCCACCUCAAGCCUGCAUCCUUGCAGUUGGUUCCUCAGAGAAAAGGCUGGUGCCAGCUGAUAAUGAGAAAGGAUUUGAUGUGGCCAGCGUGAUGUCCGUUACCCUUAGCUGUGACCAUCGUGUUGUAGAUGGAGCAGUUGGAGCACAGUGGCUCGCCGAGUUCAAGAGUUUCCUGGAGAAGCCAGUAACCAUGCUGCUAUAAUUCAGCCAUGCAAGCAAAAAUUUCCUGGGUCACACUAUUUUGUUUUAAACAAGCUAUUUAGACUUCAGUGUUCAGACUUAUCCAGAGUUCCUUUUUUAUUUUAAAUAUGUAUUAUAUUAUCUGGUAAUAUUAUUACCAGUUUGUACAGGAAAAGUUUGCAAAAGUGCUUUUCAGAGCAAUAUUACAGCUACACUGUAUUUUUAUACAGUUAGUUCUAACUUGCAAACUUACAAAAUGGAGUUAAGCAUCCCAGACUUAAAAAGGAUCCAGGCAGUAUGCACACUGCCAUCUGCUUCUACACUCUAGGGUGAACAGGGGGGUGCAUACCCAGCAAUUUUAUGACCUCAGUGUUCUCAGAGAUUGGAAUUAUAAACAUCUCUUCACAGGAGUUCAGAUGAGAUGGUAACUGAAGUACAGGUUAGUAGAAAGUGAAUUCCCUUACUACCCCGUUCUCCUGCAGGGGUGGGUGGGUAUGACAUGCACUAAGGGACUGAGGCGCCUGGGAAGGGGUUCUCAAGGGCCAAGUGCCAGCAUUCCAGAGCUCUGCGAAUUUCGCAUUGGUCUGGACCUUCUCAGCUAUGUGAUCCCUUUUGAGCACUUUAAGGUGAAAGAGCACUGAUAUGUGUGGGGUCACAGCUCUCAGAUACCACAGGGAAUGUGCUGUCUUCUCGUGGACUUUCACUUACGUGUGCUUUUGUAUGAAAACUCUUUAAUUGCUGUUCCUUUCGCUGAGUCACUGUCAGUCUUUGAUGCCAUGGAAGCAACUGUUUUGCAGGAUGUUCAAGCGAAUCUGUGUGUUGGAACACAACAUAGGCAAGUCCCACAGGCUAGCAGUCCCAUUGGUGGCUGUUAAUCAUGUGAUGCCUCAGAUGUUUGGAGUAUUUUUUUGAAGCAUUCCAACAUGAGAAGCUCUGAGUCAGGAACCAGUACUGUGGUUCUUUCCUGACUUGUCUAUGUUGUCCCAGCCUCAGUAAGCUGCAGAACGUGCUAUCCAUGUAUAUAUUGUAUGUAGGAUGCUUCACUAGUUGGUUGGACUUGUGUCCAGUUACCCUAGUCAUUGUAUCCUGAAAGAGGUGCAGUGCUCAACAUUCUUAACUUAGGCUUUCCCCAUGGACACGUUAAUGUAAGGAGGACAACUGUGUAGCAAGUGCAGUGACGAGGAGAAUCAAAUGGGGAGAAGUUUGAAACAAGAAAAGAACAAGUUAGGGUUGAUAUUCUGUAUAUUGCAUUAAGUACUGUCUCCUGUAAAGUUCUACAAAAUUGACUAAAGAUAUUGAAAGAAAAUACUGUGGAAAUUAAAUAUUUUUGUGGGAAUUAUUUAAUGUCUGGUUGCUGUGGUAUUUGGGUUUCCUGCCUGGCUUAUGCAAAAAGAAGUUAAGUUUUUGGUCUUUCUUUAAUCAUCUAAAAUACCUUGGUUCCAGACUUGUUCUAGUGAACCUGUUCUAUUAAAUGUUUGGAAUUGACAACUACUAAA